AAGCCGCGGGGGGCGGGACCCGUUGCUCAGGGUAACGGAAGGACGGAAACCGCAGGUUGAGCGGGUUUUUUUGGAAUUCAGUGGCUGCAUUGAAGUGGAAGUGACCGGCUAGAGGAGCUUCGCGCGUCGCAGGGGAGGAGGGACUCAGCUCCCGGGAGUUCCUUGCUUGUGCAACAAUGGACCAGAAAAUUUUAUCUCUAGCAGCAGAAAAAACAGCAGAUGGCCUACAGGAAUUUCUUCAAAUCCUGAAAGAUGAUGAUCUGACUGACCUCCUUCAGAAUCAGGCAGUGAGAGGAAAAACUGCUGGAGCACUGCUGAAAGCCAUCUUCAAAGGUUUACCCUAUUCUGAGGAAGCUGGAGCUCUUAAGAGACUUAAGAUAUACAGUUGUUGUAUCCAGUUGUUGGAAUCAGGGGAUUUACAGAAAGAAGUAGCAUCUGAAAUCACAGGAUUGCUAAUGCUGGAGGUUCACCGUUUUCCGGGACAGUUAUUGGUUGAAUUAGCCAAUGAGUUUGUUAGUGCUAUCAAUGAAGGCAAGCUAACAAAUGGAAAAUCUUUGGAGCUGUUGCCCAUCAUUCUCACUGCCCUUGGUACCAAAAAGGAAAAUCUGACUUAUGGAAAAGGUGAACUAAGUGGGGAAGAAUGUAAGAAGCAGUUGAUUAACACCCUCUGUUCUGUCAGAUGGGAUCAUCAGUAUGUAAUCCAACUCACCUCUAUGUUCAAGGCUGUCCCUCUGACUACAGAAGAGGUGGAAUUUGUGGUGGAAAAAGUGUUGAAGGUGUUCUCCAAAUUGAAUCUUCAAGAAAUACCACCCUUGGUCUAUCAGCUUCUGGUUCUCUCCUCAAAGGGAAGCCGGAAGAGGGUCUUGGUAGGAAUCAUAGCUUUCUUCAACAAGCUAGAUCAGCAACACAAUGAGGAACAAAGUGGUGAUGAGUACUUGGAUCUUGUUACUGUACCAUUGGAUGAACUUCGUCACGUGGAAGGCACCAUUAUUCUACAUAUUGUGUUUGCCAUCAAGUUGGAUUUUGAGCUAGGCAGAGAACUCCUGAGACACUUAAAGGCAACACAGCAAGGAGAUUUCAGCAGUAUUUGUCCUUUCAGCAUCGCCCUCUUGCUCUCUGUAACAAGAAUACAAAGAUUUGAGGAACAGGUGUUUGACUUUUUAAAGUCUUCAGUUAUAAAAAACUUUAAGGAUCUUCAGCUUCUCCAAGGCUCAAAAUAUCUUCAGAGUCUAUUUCCUAACGAAUGUUGUAUUUCAACCAUGAUCUUGGAAGUGGUAAAUAAUAGUGUUCAUAGUUGGGAUCAUGUUACUCAGGGCUUGGUAGAAUUUGGCUUCAUUUUAAUGGAUUCCUAUGGGCCAAAGAAGAUUCUUGAUGGAAAAACUGCUGAAACCAGCUCAGGUCUUUCUAGAAUGCCAAACCAGCAUGCUUGUAAGCUGGGAGCUAAUAUCCUAUUGGAAACUUUCAAGAUCCAUGAGAUGAUCAGACAAGAAAUUCUGGAGCAGGUCCUCAACAGGGUUGUUACCAGAGCAUCCUCCCCCAUCAAUCAUUUCUUAGACCUACUUUCAGAUAUCAUCAAGUAUUCACCAUUAGUUCUUCAAAGUUGUUCAUCUAAAGUUAUAGAAACUUUUGACUAUUUGUCCUUUCUGCCCGUUCAAACUGUACAAGGACUGCUGAAGGCAGUGCAGCCCCUUCUCAAAGUCAGCAUGUCAAUAAGAGACUCCUUGAUACUUGUCCUUCGGAAAGCCAUGUUUGCCAGCCAGCUUGAUGCCCGAAAAUCUGCAGUUGCUGGGUUUUUACUGCUACUGAAGAACUUUAAAGUUUUAGGCAGCUUGUCGUCAUCUCAGUGCAGCCAGUCUAUUGGUGUUAGCCAGGUCCACGUGGAUAUCCAUAGCCCUUACAAUUCUGUUGCCAAUGAGACCUUUUGCCUUGAGAUCAUGGAUAGUUUGAAGAGAUGCUUAGGUCAGCAGGCAGAUGUUCGACUCAUGCUUUAUGAGGGGUUCUAUGAUGUCCUUCGAAGGAAUUCUCAGCUGGUUAACUCAGUCAUGCAAACUCUGCUCUCACAGUUGAAACAGUUCUAUGAGCCAGAACCUGAUGUACUGCCUCCUCUGAAAUUAGAAGCUUGUAUUCUGACCCAAGGAGAUCAGGUCUUUCUACAGGAACCACUGGAUUAUCUGCUAUGUUGUAUUCAACACUGUUUGGCCUGGUAUAAGAGCAGAGUGGUACCAUUACAGCAAGAAGAAGAGGAGGAGGAAGAGGGGUUCUACCAAUACUUAGAUGAUAUGUUGGAGUCGAUUACGAAUAGAAUGAUUAAGAGUGAACUAGAAGACUUUGAACUGGACAAAUCAGCAGACUUUUCUCAGAGCACUGGUAUUGGCAUCAAAAAUAAUAUCUGCGCUUCUCUUGUUAUGGGAAUUUGUGAGGUUCUAAUAGAAUAUAAUUUCUUCAUAAGUAAUUUCAGUAAGACUAAGUUUGAAACAAUUCUGAGCUUAUUUAUGUGUUACAAGAAGCUCUCUGACAUUCUUAAUGAAAAAUCUGGUAAAGGCAAAACGAAAAUGGCCAGCCGACCAACCAAUAGUUUUUUGUCCAUGAAAUUUGUGUCUGAUCUUCUCACAGCUCUUUUCAGGGACAGUACCCAGAGUCAUGAAGAGAGCCUGUCUGUUCUGAGGUCCAGCAAUGAGUUCAUGCGCUACGCAGUGAAUGUGGCUCUGCAGAAGGUCCAGCAGCUAAAGGAAACAGGGCAUGUGAGUGGCCCUGAUGGCCAAAACCCAGAGAAGGUCUUUCAGAACCUCUGUGACAUAACUCGGGUCUUGCUUUGGAGAUACACUUCAAUCCCUACCUCAGUGGAAGAGUCGGGAAAGAGAGAGAAAGGAAAGAACAUCUCACUGAUGUGCUUGGAGGGCAUACAGAAGAUACUCGGUGCCGUGCAGCAGUUAUACCAGCCGAAGUGUCAUCAGUUUCUCAAGGCUCUGGAUGCCACAGAUAAGGAGGAAGAAGAGGAGGAAGUCAGUGUCAGUGAGAGAGCAGCUUUCCAGAUCCGGCAGUUUCAGAGGUCCUUGUUGAAUUUACUUAGCAGCCAAGAGGAAGACUUUAAGAGCAAAGAAGCCCUGCUUCUGGCCACUGUUCUCACCAGCUUGUCCAAGCUGCUGAAGCCCAUCUCUGCUGAGUUUGUGCAGAUGUUAUCCUGGACAUCUAAGAUUUGCACGGAAAACAGUUGUGAGGAUGCCUCCUUCUGCAAGGGCAUGCUGAGUUUGCUCUUCAACCUCCAUGUUUCGUGUAAGAGUCCUGUUGGUCUGCUGCGUGACUUGUCCCAGGAUAUCCAUGGACAUCUUGGAGACAUAGACGAGGAUGUGGAAGUGGAGAAAACAAACAACUUUGCAUUGGUGAAUUUGAAAACAGCUGCCCCUACUGUCUGUCUGCUUGUUCUGAGUAAAGCUGAGAAGGUCCUAGAAGAAGUGGACUGGCUGAUCACCAAGCUUAAGGGACAAGCAAAUCAAAAAGUCAUACCAGAAGAGGCCUCUUCUCAGGCAGCCCUAACAAACCGUCCCAUGGAGAAAAGCACCAUCAUACAGUUGGGAACUCUGCUUACAUUUUUCCACGAGCUGGUGCAGACAGCCCUGCCAUCAGGCAGCUGUGUGGACACUCUGUUAAAGGACCUUUGCAAAAUGUACACCACUCUUACAGCACUUGUCAAAUAUUAUCUCCAGGUGUAUCAGCCCUCCACAGGAAUUCCGAAAAAUAUGGAAAAACUGGUGAAGCUGUCUGGUUCACAUCUGACUCCUCUGUGCUAUUCGUUUAUUUCUUAUGUACAGAACAAGCACAGUAGGAGCCUAAAAUGUACCAGAGAAAAGGAGAAAACCGCUGCUGGCCCCACAGCCAUGGCCAGAGCUCUUCGGGAAACCAGGCCAAUUCCUAAUCUCAUCUUUGCCAUUGAACAGUAUGAAAAAUUUCUCAUCCACCUUUCUAAGAGGUCAAAGGUGAACCUGAUGAAGCAUAUAAAGCUCAGCACCUCACGAGACUUCAAGAUCAAGGGAAACAUCCUGGACGUGGUUCUUCGGCAGGAGGAGGAUGAAAAUGAAGAGGGCACUGCAUCAGAGCAUGAGGGGCAGAACAAAGAACCAGCCAAGAAAAAAAGGAAAAAGGAAAUGAAAUGCCUGAGUUAAUGUGAACUUUGGGGCUUCUGCUUUCUUUUUACCCAACAAGCAACAAUGCCCCUUUGUCCUGCUGCCUGCACCACGUUGGCAUCUUGGUUCUGAACUCAAUUGCACCUUCAGUUUAGAGGCAGUCAUUCUUGGCAGGCCCUGCUACUGAAAAAUGGCUGGCCUGAGGCCAGCCCUUUUGCAAAAAGCAGAGCUGAAAGCCUGAGUUUUAGGAGCCUGCACUGCCCCGAUGAAGCUCCAUGGGAGCAAAUACAGAGCCUCCAGGCAGGGCUAUAAUCCAGGCUGGCUUCAUUUCUCCAGGGAGCCUUUGGUGAGUUCAAUUAUCUGGUAAAUAUCCAGCGCUUCACCUGAAAAAUAGUGCAAUUCAUUAGGAUGCCCCCUCACGAAGCAGUCAGAAGUGAGACGCUUAAUGUUAAGGUCAAAAAGGACUGCCAAGAAUGGUAGGGUCAUACUUGGGGAGGAUCUGUUACGUAUAAAAUAAGUUUGUCUUAGAUACAUUUUAAAUAGACUUUAAGCUUUCUAAUUUGUUUGGCAUUCAGAGCAUAAUUUUGUCACCUAAGAACCCACUGUGACUUUAAAAUAAAUCGCGUUUAAAUCUUG